UCCAUUUUCCUCCGCCUCUGGUUGUCAAGAAGAUGGCAGCUUCCAGGCAGGCAUGAGAGGAAAUACUUCUUCAAAAAUCGAAUGAAUUUGGAUUAUUUCCGCGAGAUAAGACCACAUACCCGUGUUUUUGCAAUUUCUGCAUCGAAAUAAAAAUCAUGUCUGCCCCUGGCUCCGCGGUGUCCGGGACCACAGCGGCGGUUCUGCAGCCGCGGUGGAAACGGGUCCUCGGAUGGUCCGGUCCCGUUCCCCGGCCCAGGCACGGGCACAGGGCUGUUGCUAUAAAGGAGCUUAUGGUCGUCUUUGGCGGUGGAAACGAAGGGAUUGUGGAUGAAUUACAUGUAUACAACACUGCAACAAACCAGUGGUUUAUCCCAGCGGUCCGCGGUGAUAUUCCCCCUGGUUGUGCUGCAUAUGGUUUUGUCUGUGAUGGUACCAGAUUGCUGGUGUUUGGUGGAAUGGUGGAGUACGGAAAGUACAGCAACGAUCUCUAUGAACUACAGGCCAGCAGAUGGGAAUGGAAAAAGUUGAAAGCAAAAAACCCGAAGAAUGGUCCCCCUCCUUGCCCUCGUCUGGGCCACAGUUUCUCGCUGGUUGGCAAUAAAUGCUACCUGUUUGGUGGACUAGCCAAUGAUAGCGAAGACCCAAAAAACAACAUUCCCAGAUACCUGAAUGAUCUGUACACACUUGAGCUUCGUGCGGGCUCCAGUGUGGUUGGAUGGGAUAUCCCAAUCACAUAUGGCGUUCUGCCUCCUCCUCGUGAGAGCCACACUGCUGUGGUAUACACAGAAAAGACAAGCAGGAAAUCUCGCCUGAUAAUCUACGGAGGGAUGAGUGGUUGUCGCCUUGGAGAUCUGUGGACACUUGAUAUUGAUACCCUGACAUGGAACAAACCAUCAGUAAACGGGACAGCACCGCUCCCCAGAAGUCUUCACUCUGCCACCACCAUUACAAACAAGAUGUACGUUUUUGGAGGAUGGGUUCCAUUGGUAAUGGACGAUGUCAAAGUGGCCACACACGAGAAGGAGUGGAAGUGCACAAACACUCUUGCCUGCCUGAAUCUAGACUCCAUGUGUUGGGAGACAGUGUUGAUGGAUACUCUUGAAGACAACAUCCCUAGGGCCCGUGCUGGACACUGUGCUGUGGCCAUCAAUUCUAGACUCUAUGUUUGGAGCGGCCGCGACGGUUAUCGUAAAGCUUGGAACAACCAAGUCUGUUGUAAAGACCUCUGGUACCUGGAAACGGAGCGUCCACACGCCCCUGCCAGGGUGCAGUUAGUCCGUGCCAACACAAACUCUCUUGAGGUGAGCUGGGGCGCCGUCUCAACUGCUGACACCUACUUACUGCAGCUGCAGAAAUAUGACAUCCCCGCAACUCCAGCUGCAGCCUCGCCAGUCAUGAGUGCCACCCCUGUGCAGCCUUUGAACUCUCCAAAGAGCCCUGCACUGGCUGCUGCAGCACCCUUAGCUCAGAGCCUAACCCAGACAGCUGUCUUGAAGGUUGCAGCACAACAGUCUGCCACAGGCACAUCUGUUGUCACAGUCCGCCCCAGCCAGCCUGGGAAAUCCCCUGUCACCAUGACAUCCCUCCCACCAGGUGUUCGUAUGGUAAUGCCGGCCCAGACAACCCAAGGAUCGCCAAUUGGGAGUAGCCCUCAGAUGAGUGGCAUGGCAGCUUUGGCUGCAGCAGCUGCAGCAACACAGAAGAUCCCGCCCUCUUCUGCAGGCACUGUCCUCAAUGUUCCUGCAGGUGCCACCAUUCUCAAAACAGUAUCUGUUUCCCCUGGCACAACCACAAUGAAAAUGGCUUCUCCAAUCAUGGUCAGUAACCCGGCCACCCGGAUGCUGAAAACUGCUGCGGCCCAGGUGGGCACAGGGACUGCGUCCUCCCCCACCAACACCAGACCCAUCAUUACUGUGCACAAGUCUGGUGCAGUCACAGUGGCCCAGCAGGCCCAGGUGGUAACCACUGUGGUUGGAGGAGUCACCAAGACCAUCACCCUGGUCAAGAGUCCCCUCACCAUGGGGGGCAGUGGCACUCUGAUCUCCAACCUUGGCAAGAUGAUGUCUGUGGUACAAACCAAGCCAGUGCAGACAUCAGCUAUCACAGGCCAGGCUUCCACUAACCCUCUCACACAGCUCAUACAGACAAAGGGUCCCCUCCCAGCCGGCACCAUCCUGAAGCUGGUGACCUCCGCAGAUGGCAAGCCCACAACCAUCAUCACCACUUCCCAGGCAGGAGGCGCAGGAAACAAGCCCACUAUCCUCAACAUCAGUGGUGUCUCUCCUAACACCACUAAGCAGGGCACCACCAUUAUCAAAACCAUCCCAAUGUCAGCUAUCAUGACCCAGUCUGGAGCUACAGGUCUAAACUCACGUGUGACAAGCAGUGCAGGCAUGAAAACGCCUAUCACAAUCCUUACCACAAAGGUGAUGACCACUGGAACUCCUGGUAAAAUCAUCACUGCCAUGCCCAAACUUGCCACUGCAGCCGGCCAACAGGGGCUUACACAGGUGGUUUUGAAGGGUGCUCCUGGGCAACCUGGCACUAUUUUGCGCACUGUGCCUAUGAGCACAGUCGGUGGUGUUCGACUCGUUACCCCCGUGACAGUAUCUUCUGUUAAGCCCACCGUCACAACUCUGGUUGUCAAGGGGACUACUGGUGUCACCACUCUUGGGACAGUCCCUGGUACAGUCUCCUCAAGCCUGGCAGGAGCCACCGUGGACAGUUCCAACGCCUCUCUGGUCACCCCCAUCACCACACUGGGAACCAUCGCUACCCUGUCCAGCCAGGUCAUCAGCCCAGCUGCCAUAACUGUAUCAGCUGCUCAGACCAACCUGACUUCUGCCUCAACAUUGACCUCCUCUACCAUGACAGUGCAGAACCAGCCCACCCAGGUGACUCUGAUCACAACUCCCAGUGGUGUCGAAGCUCAACCAGUGCAGGAUCUACCAGUGUCCAUCCUGGCUUCACCAACCUCUGAGCAGCCCAGCUCUAGUGAGGCUGGAGCAGCUGGAGAAGGCUCCGGGACCGUCACCCUGGUCUGCUCUAACCCGCCCUGCGAGACCCACGAGACAGGAACCACCAACACGGCCACCACCUCCUCUUCUGCAAUGGGAGUAGGAAAGGUGUGCUCUAACCCCCCCUGCGAAACCCACGAGACCGGAACCACCAACACAGCCACCACCUCCUCUUCUGCAAUGGGAGUAGGAAAGGUGUGCUCUAACCCGCCAUGUGAGACCCACGAAACGGGCACCACCAACACAGCCACAACGGCAUCAUCAAACAUGUCCACACCGCGUGUGUGCUCCAACCCACCAUGUGAGACCCAUGAAACCGGGACAACUAACACAGCUACCACAGCGUCAGCUAACAUGGGAGGAGUCCAGCAGUUGUGCUCCAACCCACCCUGUGAGACCCACGUGACGGGCACCACCAACACAGCCACCCAGUCGUCAUCUACCAUGAACGCUGGCCAGACCAGCACCGUGCAGAGGGUGUGCUCCAACCCGCCCUGCGAAACACACGAGACAGGGACCACCAACACCCCGUCCACAGCCACCUCCAGCAUGGGUGGCGAUCAGACCAGCACAGCGACAGGCCAGGUCCAGAGGGUUUGCUCCAACCCACCCUGUGAAACACACGAAACUGGGACCACCAACACAGCCACCACUGCCACCUGCAACAUGGAGACAGGCGAAGGCACAGCCCAGCAGACAGAGGAGGGAGCAGAAGGUACGAGCAGUCCAGAAGUGGCCGCCGCCGCCACCACCACCACCACUGCAGCAGCAGCUGUCAUGGCUACCACGACUCAGGGCAGAGCCAUCACUACUGUCACUCAGUCCACACCAGCCCCCGGACCCUCCGUACCUUCGAUCUCAUCAAUCACAGAGGGUGUGAGCACUGCUGCCAGCUCCACAGAGGAACCCAUGCAAACUGAUGAGACCGCAUCAGCUGCAGCUGCAGAGGAGGGAGCCACCGCUAUGGAGACGCAAGCAGAGGGAGAAGCAGCCACAGCUUCAGCCUUGAAUCUGCCCUCAGAGCUCAUGUCUGAGGGUCAGGGCAGCACUCUCAUGGUGACAGGGCUGUCGGACGAGGAGCUAGCUGUGACUGCAGCAGCAGAGGCCGCUGCUCAGGCAGCAGCCACUGAAGAAGCCCAGGCCCUCGCCAUCCAGGCUGUCCUUCAGGCAGCCCAGCAAGCAGCAGUAAUGAACGAGGGCGAUUCCACUGGAGAGAGCCAGCAGCCCACCACCAUCCCCAUCAUGUUGACCCAGCAGGAGCUUGCAGCACUGGUCCAUCAGCAGCAGCAGCUACAGCUGCAGGAGGCUCAGGCUGCGGCACAGCAGGCCAGCGUGGACACAAACUUGCCCACUGAAGGCCUGGCCCCUGCUGACAGCCUCAACGACCCCUCUGUCGAGAGCAACGGGCACAACGAGAUGGCUGCUGCAGUCACCAGUGCUGUGGCAUCACUGCUGCCACGUACCACUGCUGAGACACUUGCUCCAUCAAGCACAUUUGCACCCUCUGUGUCGGUGGCAAGUCCAGCCAAGCUGCAAGCAGCAGCUGCUCUAGCAGAGGUCGCCAAUGGGAUCGAGGGAGAGAAGCAAGCCCCUCAACCAACCCCAGUGAAGACUGUUGCAAAAAAAGAGAACCAGUGGUUUGAUGUUGGAAUUGUUAAAGUGACAAAUAUGGUGGUCACCCACUUCUAUAUGCCAGGAGAUGAUUCUCAAGGAGAUGAUGACUCUGGCAUCAUGCCAGACUACGGCCAGAUGAAGAAAAUGGAGCUGCAGCCCGGCACAGCUUACAAGUUCCGUGUUGCCGGAAUCAACGCUUGUGGCCGUGGAUCUUUCUCUGAGAUAUCUGCUUUCAAGACUUGCUUACCAGGCUUCCCAGGGGCACCUUGCGCCAUCAAAAUCAGCAAGAGCCCAGACGGUGCCCACCUGACCUGGGAGCCGCCCUCCGUGACGUCGGGGAAGAUCAUCGAGUACUCUGUGUACCUGGCCAUCCAGAGCAACCAGACAGCCGAGGCCAAGGCCUCCACCCCGGCACAGCUAGCCUUCAUGCGCGUGUACUGUGGACCCAACCCCUCUUGCUUGGUGCAGUCGUCCAGCCUCUCCAACGCCCACAUCGACUACACCACCAAGCCAGCCAUCAUCUUCCGCAUUGCUGCCCGCAACGAGAAGGGCUACGGUCCCGCCACCCAAGUUCGAUGGUUGCAAGAAUCUGGCAAAGAUGCCGGCUCUGCAAAACCCGCCGCCAAAAGACCAGGCACCUCUCCUGAUACUAAGGCUACUGGUCCAAAGAAAGCAAGGACGGACCAGUGAGGUUGCCCAGAGACCCCUCCCAGUCUUUUGUCCUUUUUCCACUCGCUGUCCUUUUUAUCAGGAAGACUGACCUUCACCCCUCCUCCACCUCCUCAUCCUCCUCCUAAUCUCAUCCUCCACCCUCAAGUCUCAGAUCAAGACGGCAAUGGAGGCAGAACAAGCGUAUGAAGCCGAGAUGAAAGUCAAUCUGAGAGAUGUUUCUGUAGAUAAAAACCCUCCUUCCUCCUCGUUCUGUUGGUUGUACUAUUUUUAGAGCAACACAAACUUAGAAGCACAUUAUCUUUUUCAGUCACAUCCCCUCCCUUCGUUUAACAUCUAUUUUUGGCUUGUUUCAGUAGUUAAGCAGUAUAGAGAAGAAUUUACAUCUUUCACAAACUGGGAGCCAGCCUGAGCGCAUUGUUACCUUUUUUUUUUUUUUUUUUUUUUUUUUUUUUUUUUGUCUUUUGUUUUGUGAAUCCUGGGGGGAUGUAGAGAGAGACUACACAAAAUGAUGUACAGUGUUGAAAAAGGCUGUGGAGGCCUUGGGUUUAGAUGAGAGGAAAAAUCGGUAUGGAUACAAAUAAAGCACUUGUCCUCAACAACAGAGGACAUCAUUCUUUUCCUUUUCUUUUUUGGUCAAAUUUGCUUCAUCGAGAACCAAGUCUGUAUUCAUCGUGCUGGACUCCAGUCUCCUGUAAAUGUCAUCACUGUGCGCUUUUUACCCCAAGAUGAGGACUGGUGGCCGACACUUCAAAGUGGACAAAAAAAGAGAAUGACGAAGAGAUUUGUAGAGAAUGAAUGACAGACUUUGCUAGGACUGAGACUUGCAGCACACACACACACACACACACACACACACACA